AAAAUGUGUGUCUUAUUAUUUUAUGUGAUUAUUUAUUUUAUCUUUGAAUAAAUAGAAAUUAUUUGUGAACUAGUUAUGUAAGUAUGGGCAUUUUUUUUUUGAAAAUAGUGAUAUCUUAUUUAAGUUUAUCUUCUUUUAGAAAUUCUUAGAAACAAACAAGGAACAUUAGGAAAUAAUGUCUCUAAGAAGAUCAAUUCGAAUCAACGGCAAUAGAAACAUCCACGUGGAUGCAGCUCCAGCACCCGCAAGGGGCGAAGGCCGAGGUGAUGGUCGACGCGGAGGCCGACGUGGAGGCCAAAGCGAUAGGGGAGGUAGACAAGGAGCAUCGGUAGCACCGGUAGAUGAAGUAGCACUCGAACAACAACAAGCACCUCCCAAUGCUCAAGCUGAGAUACUCCGAGAAAACGCUCGUAUACAUGAGGAGCUAACUCAAGAAAUUGCAAGGCUACGAGCUCAGAAUGAGGAGUUACGCCGGAAUCAAAAUCCACCCGUUAGAAACCUAGCUCUUCAACCAGCUGCAUUGAAUCCAGAACCAAUGCAACAUUUUGAACCUGUGUACGAGCGAUUCAGGAAACAACAACCACCAAUAUUCAAUGGAAGCUCGGACUCACUUGAAGCUGAGGAAUGGUUGCGCUCAGUGGAGUCCAUAUUAGAAUAUAUGGACCUCAGUGAUAGGGAAAGAGUAUCCUGUGCUGCCAGCCUACUUAAAAAGGAUGCACGGAUCUGGUGGGAAGUAGUAAGACAAAGUCGCAACAUAACAAUUAUGACCUGGUUGGACUUUGUUGAUGUGUUCAACAGGAAAUACUACAGUGCCGCCAUACUGGCUGCAAAAGAAGAUGAGUUUAUGAAUCUGAGGCAGAACAAUCUCACUGUCACGGAGUAUGCUAGGAAAUUUGACCGUCUGGCAAAGUUUGCACAAGAGAUCGUACCAACCGAGGCCCUUCGGGUCAAAAGGUUCUUGAAGGGGAUGAACCCCAUGAUUAAAAAAGAUGUGAAAAUCAUGGUGGGGACCAACACAGUUUAUGCUGAGGUGUUAGAAAAAGCUCUUGAAGCUGAGUUGCUCGAAAAUGAUAUAAAGAAGGAGAAUGCUGCUAAGUGGGAAGCCCGAAGAAACAAUGGAGGAAAUCAAGAGAAUAAGAGAAAACACGAGGGAAAUCACAGUAAUGAUCGUGAUAAAAAGGGGAAAGCAGUGGUCCAAAAUAACAACAAUGGGGUGAAAAGGUCCUAUGUAGAAUUCCCAAUUUGCCCCACAUGCAAUAGGAAACAUCUUGGGGAGUGUAAGAUGAAGUCAGGGGUGUGCUACAAUUGCGGGCAGCCAGGCCAUCUGAAGAAAAAUUGCCCAAAGGGACAAAAGAAGGAGAACCAAGUCGCUCCUGCUCGAGUGUUUGCUCUCACCAGAGGAGAAGCGGCCACAAGCAACACUGUUGUCUCAGACCAAGGUAACUGAAAGUUUAGAAAGCCGGUGGCGAGUGAAACUUUGGAUGCUUGUGUGUGUGAACUCGCUGAGGGCCAUAUAACUGCGGGCGGUCUAGGGCGCUCUAUUUAUUUAUUUACGUUAUUAAACUUAUGUCGCAAUUAUUUUAGUUAUUAAUUAUUAUGUCUUUGGUACGAAAACUGGCCAG